CUUAAAAAUAAGAAUUACUACUUUCUUCUCUGUAUUUUUUUCUUAAUAUUUGAUAAUAGUAUUUUCAUUGUUUCAAUUCUUUUCAACGCCUUUGUGUAUUUAUAUAGCAGUUGGGUAUCAUCUGUAACUUUCCUUUAUCUUCACCUUCUUUUGCUGGACGCCUCAUAUAAUUUUCAGACGAAAUUUUGUAAUUUUUCCAUUUAAAUUUUAUAGAUUUGAAGCAAAAUCAACUACCUAUCUCGUUUUAGGACUCAUGGCUGAAUGUGGCUAAGACAUAGACUAGUACAUCAUUGUAUUCAACACUUUUUGAUCCAGAUUUCUAGGACUGUUCACCAAUGAAAAUUAAUACUGCUCAUGAAGGUUUAUCAUUAAUUGCACUAUAGAGUGGCCCAAGGAUCCUGUAGUAUUUCGUUCACUAGUACGUACAACAUUGCAAGAAUCAGAAGAACCACUAGAAGAGACUUGGUAUAUUUCUUGGUGAGUAUGCUUACCGGAAGUCGUAGAUAUGGGUUUUUUUGGGUUUGUUUUGUCUCCAGCUACUUCAUGAUAAUAAAGUCUUUAAUCUUACUUAGCUGCUGUUUAUGGAUGUCGAUUUGGAAAUAUCAGUCUCUGGUGUAUGUAUCCGUUCAUUUGAGAGCACAGAUUGAUGCAUUCCUAUAUUUGUUGGGGUCCGGUUCCAAUGAAAUAUUGUAUAUUUCCUUGAGUGUUACUGUUUGAGGUUACUUAUUCGUGGAAAAGGCAUGAUAACUUAAUCAUGUAUAAAACCAAAAUGCAAUCUAUUUCUUGAAAAAAAAAUCUAUUUCCUGAACAAGAAAGAAAAUAAUGAGAUGGGAAAAAACUGUCGCUCGGACACUCCAAAAAUGCUGCCACAACCAUGUCAGAUUCUCCAAAAAUGCACCAUCCUUGGAGGAUCUGACAUGCACCUGUUGACGUUUUAAGAGUUCGUGCAAAAGAGAAAACAUAAGUUGUGUAGAAUUGAUGGAGGAGCCGAAAUAGACUGAAUACUUCUGAUAAGAUGGACAAUUAUGCACUACAUAUAUCUUCUGGCAUGCAUUAGAAUUUUCCAUGUUGAAGGUGUCCUCUAGACACCAUAGAAUAAAGUAGCUUUUCUUUUAAACCUUCUUCCACACAUUGGUACAACCUUUUGAGUUUCAUGGAUUGGUGGAUGAUCUUAUACUUACUCGGUUGAGAUAUUGUGGAUGUACUAUCUUUGUUUCUGUUGCAGGUUCAAAGAUUUUAAGGGAUUGAUUAUGUUUAUCUUGCCAUGACUUACUAUUCUUACCUUUAGUUUAGACAAUAGUGCUGCCAAAGAUGCUAAGUUCUUAUACUAAGAACAGUGUGCUGACUCUGGGAAAAGAGACUUUGAGAUAUCGAUGAAUGUAGAACUUGUUGGAAGCUGCAAAUUUGUAAGACACAUGAUGGCUAGUAGGAAACGAAGCAUGUCAAAUGAUGUAGAUAUGCAUGUCCUGAACAAGGAAUUGGAUGGAGCUUCAUGCCCUAUAUGCAUGGAUUAUCCACACAAUGCUGUUCUUCUCCUUUGUAGCUCUCAUGAUAAGGGAUGCCGGUCAUACAUUUGUGAUACAAGUUACAGGCAUUCAAAUUGUCUGGAUCGUUUCAAAAAACUCGGAGCCGAAAAUAGGGACAAUCCUCCUAUUAUGACACAGGGAAACCUGGAUAUUUCUGUUGAGACACCCGACGAUCACUUGGAGCUGAGAAAUUUAAGUGAUCGUACUGUUGUUAACAGAUAUCACGAUAUAAUCGCCAAUGAAGUUGUAGCCACUGGUGCAUUUCCUGGAGGAUCAGAAGAAAAUGGAAAUAGUAACAGAGAUAAUCGCAUGGAGAUGCAGGACGAUACCCUACAAAAUUUAGGUGCUGUUACUGUUUGGGGAAGCAGCCAUGAAACAGCGAUUGCGGACAACUCAUCUGACUCGAAAUUGAAAUUGAAGUGUCCUAUGUGCCGUGGAGACGUAUUAGGCUGGAAGGUAGUGGAAGAAGCCAGAAAGUAUCUGAAUUUGAAGCAUAGAAGUUGCUCUCGUGAAUCAUGUUCAUUCAUUGGUAACUACAGAGAAUUGCGCAGGCAUGCUAGGAGAGAUCACCCCACAGCACGCCCAGCUGAUGUUGACCCUUCAAGACAGAGAGCUUGGAGACGGCUUGAGAACCAGAGAGAGUACGAUGACAUUGUCAGUGCUGUUCGGUCUGCUAUGCCUGGUGCAGUUGUACUUGGAGAUUAUGUGAUUGAGAAUGGAGACAGGCUAUCUGGCGAAAGGGAACGAGGUUCUGGUGCAAACGGAAGAUGGUUGAGUACCUUCUUCUUGUUUCAGAUGGUUGGCUCAAUGGAUCCAAUAUCUGAAGCAAGAGGUGACAGGUCAAGAGGUUUGUCAAGGCACCGUCGGACCACUGGACCUCUAUCUAGGCGCCGCUAUCCUUGGGGUGGAAACCUACUUGGUCUACAAGAUGAUGAUAAUGAAGACGAGGGUGGACGUGAUCGUAACAUAUUGAGUAACAUGAGUGGUGAUAUGUAUACAAAUCCGAGAAGGCGUAGGCGGUUGAUGCGGUCUAGGUCAGAUGAAGAUCAGCAGUAAAACUGUAGUAGACCUCUAUUCAUGGGAUUGUAUUAAUGGUCUGUACGGGAGGGCACUGUAUGCUCUGGGAUCAAUUGGAUGUUUCUUGUGGUCCACUUCGCUACCGCAAGAUAUAGUGCAAUUCUUAAUCAAAUUCAGAGACGUGUGUUGGGUAAGACGGGGUAUAAUUAUUUGAGGGUGAAAACAUGUCGUCCUGUGAUUGGGGGUGAUAGCUUUAGGAAUGUAAAAUUUCCAUUUGGUAUUUAAAUUCCCCAACUCUGAAAUAUUGUUCUUUGUUCCAUCUUAUAUUUUAUUUUCAUCAGUUUCCGAUC